UUUGCUGUAGCACAACCCAAGGCAUAUGUGAAGUGCAAAAAGAUAUGUACGAAUUUUUCAAAAAGAAUACCCCAGGCACUGCUGAAGUCCUACGAGAAGACAGAACCAUCAUGUCCUAAAGCUGCUGUCAUAUUUGUGACGCAGAAGUCUAAGGAGUUCUGUGCAGAUCCAGAGGAGAGCUGGGUGCAGGAAGCAGUCCGAUGGCUAGACCAGACAAGUGCCCCUCAGGAUCCACCCCCCUCAAGCACGGUCUCUUCUGCAGCUGUGCCAGAAGACAUAGGCGAUUUAGAGAGACUCAUUGGUGGCACUGCCUCUGUCCCAAGACAGGCCGGUGUUUUAACCAGUCCUAUUCCUGGGGCUGGCACAACAGUCUCCCAAGCAGUACAUGGUUCUGGUGUGAGGACAGAGGAGCCCAACACCUCCACAUUGACUGUGCAAGAGGCCAUGAGAUCCUCUGCCACACCCUGCUCAGCAUUAAACGGGACGGGUCCUCCAUCUACUAUCUAUACUGAGCCUACUGCCAAUGGCAGCAAGGGUUCCAUGAGAUCUGUAGACUCUGCAAACAAGUCCACAGAUUCUGCCAUGAGUCCAGCUACUGAGGUAUCUGCCACCGUCCCCAGUAGAUUCAUUGCAGAUCCCACCACUGCCGUCAAACGACCUGAGAGUCCCACAGGACCGACAUACAAAUCUAGUAGAAAUCAAACAGCUGAUGUACUUGCCAGUGCUCCUAGUGCGUUUACUGCAGAUGCUACAGCCGUUGUAAAUGGCACGGAGAUUGCGGAGUUAUCCCCUGCAUUCCUGACAACAACGGCUCCACUAGAAUCGGUUCCCAGCAAGCCUGCUAUAGGCCUUGAAUCUCUGGGACAGGCCAGUGAGAACUCUACCAGGAAACCCACAACUGUUCUGAAAGGUACUGCUGAUGCCACCAGAGGUUCCACUGCCCAACCCACACCUCCUGGAGGGGACACGGGUUCUGUCAGCCACAGGAGUGGUGAUGAAAGAGACACUGUUCAUGAGUCUAUGGCUGGAGCCAGCCCAGCUAACUACUUAUCUACUGUAGGCAGGGAAGGUCCUCCUUAUUCUUCUCCUGAAUCCAUUUCACCCCCAGGAACUCUGGUCUUUUCCUUCACAGGAUUCCUACAUCAGAACAGAGCACAAGGGGCUUCAGCAUCACCAGAUGUUCUCGUGGAGUCUACACCCAGCUUUUUGUCUGCAUCCCGGACCCACACCCUUAGCCUCGUUUUGCUGGGGAGUGUUCUGUGUAUAUGCAGCGCUGCUUUAUGGAUGUAUUUAAAGUCCAGAGUCUUCCCUGGAGAGCCUACUAAGGAAAUGGUACAACUGUUGCGUAUUCAUCAGCAGGGCUCUCGAAUUAAUGACUAUGCCAUGGAAGAUGUCUGAAUUUGUCAUGGCAUGGACUUGGGUUUCUCUUGCUCUUAGGUGGACUCUGGGAUGUUAUUCUAACUGGGAGCAGGGAGGUUAAACCUGGCACUAAUCAGGUUUAUAUUGGACUAAGCCAAACCCUCCCCCCAAAACCCAAUGCAAGAUAAAUGGGCCAAGGCAGGGAGCUGCCAAGGAAAGUCAUAGCUUCUGAUUGGCAGGCAAAGAACCAAGCCAAACCACACAGGGAGCCAAGGGCAGUGUGUUGAGGAUGAGCUACUUGCCUUCUCUCUUGCAUCACUGGAUGCCACCGUAACAAACUUGUGCUGUGCGCCAGACAGUGGCAAGACAUGUUUUGAGCUGGUACUGGAAUAGUUGCCCAGGGAAAGCCCAUCCGAGGUGCUGCCAAGCUGAACGUUAUGCACCCCGAACCCGUCUGUCUGUUACUUCAUGCCCUGCAUCUCUGGGGGCCUCUGUGGUGCCAUUCUGUUCCCAUCUGUUUGAAGGAUCCCUGCUUGUCUCUGCAGCUGUUCCAGUCCUCAAGGGCAAGUGCUAACUGUUAGCAGCUCUGACCGGUUUGUGUCGUUUUCCAACGUGGUGGCCCCAAGUCAGGCCUCUGGAUCCAGAUUUAGGAAGCUAAUUGUCCACUGCAGGCAACUAAGAAUCAGCACCUAGUGACUUAAUUUUCACAAUUGUUAAGCACCCGCGACUUGGCACGGGUGAAGAUUCACACCCUGGUUGUCUAAAGCAGGAAUUACAGUGUCUACUGUGGAUUUAGGGAUUAACAUUAGGCACCUACAUUAUAAAACUGGACUCGUUGCUAAUCAGCUCUCUCCUCCAGCUGCUGUCCCUAGCCCUACCAGUUCCCAGCACAGGUGGGAUGUUAUAGAACAGAGGCCUGCAGUCGUAUACAUAAAAAAGAGCCAUUGUGAGACAUAGAAACCAAACAAGCCCCCAGACACUAAGCAUCUAGGGAUUCUUCUAUGGAUGUGGACUCUGCUUGGUGAGCCAUUCUGCUGGACAGUUACAAAAGACAAUGUCUGGGGAAUUCACUCUCCGCGUGCUGAGUAACUGCUGGCAAUACACAUGGGGCGUAGAAACAGGCCUGUCUAAUUGUGUGUUGUCUCUGGCAGGAAAGUGUAAAACUCCUA